AUGUCUAUAAACUGGAAAUGUUUAUACGUCGAAUGGCUGGAAGAGGCCUGCGAAUCGGCGGGUUCCAGGCCGAAUGCAAAGUACUUGGCUCAAGCAUAUCAAAAAAGCCUACAAUCCAUCGCUUCCUGUCCGUUGGAGGACUUUACAGAGGUACAUCAGAUCAAGUCCCUGAAGUUUGUUGGUGACAAAACAGUAGCAAUGCUGCUAAAAAAAACUGCUGCCCACUGCAAGCAGCUCGGAGUCGAAGUUCCCGAGGGUCUCAGGUUAGACCCGCCGGUAUUGGCCCCUCAAUCGGUAUCUACAAAGACGACAUCAAAUCGGAAAUAUAUCCCUCGCUAUGGAACAACGGCCUAUCAUAUUCUACUGACGAUACGCGAAUUUGAACUCCAAGAAUAUGAAGAUAACGGGAUAGGUCGAAAAGAUUUGCUGCGGUUAAUGAAGCCACGACUGAUGCUGUCUCUUGAGGGAAAUAAAGGUAAACAGAUCCCGAACCUCGCUCCCGCGUUUGCCGUUUUAACCAAGAAAGGUCUUAUUUAUUACCGGAAUACCAAAUACUUUCUCGAAGAAACCGGCCGUACUGUCGCUGAUGGACUUCUCAAGGUCCAAAGAGAGCAGAACGGCCUCCCUGUUGACGAUCUCCAGCCACCACGACCAAGCUCUGUUUCUCGCACCGUUCAAGAUCUGAAUACCUAUCAGUACGAGACUUGGAGUAGCUCUGACUACUCUAUCAAGCUGCUGCUAGAUAAUCGUGAAGUCGCAAGUCGUGAUAACAGGACAGGGUUCGCUGAUGCGCUGGCUGAGCGAAAUGUGAACCUCGAAAUCUCAGCUUUGGCAGUGGGGGACGCAAUGUGGGUGGCCGAACACAAAAGCACUGGCAAAAUGGCGGCUUUAGACUAUAUUCUAGAGAGAAAGAAUCUCCGAGAUUUAGUCCAAAGUAUCAUGGAUGGUCGGUUUUUCGAACAAAAAACACGGUUGCAACGAUCCCAAAUCAGCAACGUUAUUUAUUUAAUUGAAAUGGUGGCUGGCCCUGACAUGGCGUCUCAUGAGCAAAGAAUCCGAACCGCAAUGUCACAAAUAAUCGCUCUCAGAGGGUUCUUUUUAAAACAGGCAGCGAGCCAAAACGACACUGUCUUGUAUCUGAGCCAGAUGACUGAGGAAAUCUCGAAAAAGUACAGCGGGACAGACCUGAAAGUUGUACUCCCGCAAAUGGAAUCCUAUGAAACAUCUAUCAAGCUCGCCAGAUCCGAGCUUGGAAAUGAAGCCUUAGCCAUUGACUUUGGAGCGUUCCAGGAGGGACUCUCCAAGUCAAAAAGCCAGACCAUCAACCAGCUUUUCCUGAGCAUGCUCAUGACCAUAAAAGGAGUGUCUGCAGAAAAAGCCCAAGUCAUCAUGCGAAUGUAUCCCACCCCGCUGGAUCUCGUGCAUGCAUAUAAUGAAGGUAACGAGGAGGAGAAGAAAUCCCUGCUCUACCGCCAAACGCUAAACAACAUCCCCCGACGUCGCAUAAGACAGGAUAUCUCUGAAAUGGUUUUCAACGUCUGGGGGAAACAAAUGGACGUUAAUAAAGAGUAA